AUGUCCAUUAUUGAAGAUGUGAUUGAAGGUGUGCGGGAACUCUUUGCAGAAGAGGGUUUAGAAGAACAGGUUCUGAAAGAUUUGAAGAAGCUUUGGGAAACCAAGGUGAUGCAGUCUAAAGCAACAGAAGGCUUCUUCAGACAUAACCACCAUCCUCCACAGUUUGCCCUGCAGCUGCCUCACAAUUUUCACAACGUUCUGCAGGCUUCAACAGCUUCUUUACUCAUCCCAACUGGCAGAGGUUUUCAGCAUUUCACCACAGCAGAACUGGGUGCUUCACAAGCAGGUGCAACUCUCACUCUCUCUGCGGGUAUUGCUUAUCCUAUACGGGUACCAGCUGGAGUGACACUACAGGCAGCAUCUGGGCGCCUUUAUAAGGUAAAUGUGCCUGUUAUGGUUACACAGGCCCCGGAAGACGCAGGAGUUCUACAUCACCCUGUUCAGCAGAUAUUUCAGCCCCUUGGGCAACCUCCAGUUCUGCAAGCCAGCAUUGCCAGUGUUGCCCAGGCAGUUGCUGAAACAUUGCAACCCCAGGAGGCUGCUGUCCAACAAAGCACAGUGUUUCAACCAAAUGCCACGGAAAAAACCCACCUGGAGAACUCUGCCAGUGCUACGUUGGUCCAGCAGCCCUCUGUCAGUCAGCAGCCACUUGCAACUAACGCUGCGUUCAAUCAGCAUGCAGACUCAACCGAAAAAUCCCAGCACGGCAGUUUGCACACAGCUGUGUUUACUCCAGAAUCCUCUGAAGGGUUUUCUCCCGCUGAAUCCUUGGCAAGCAACUCGAGCAGCGUACUGCUGGAUAUGGAGGGUCAGCUAGACAUUGAGCCUCAGGAAUUGGUGCAACAGCAGGUGUCUGAUGAUAUCCUUGACCUGAUUAUCAUGGGCAAAAGUUUGGAUGAUAAUGCUGUUCUGAAAGAUCACGGCAGCAUUGCUUCCUUUGACAAGAUGGAACCUACUGAGCAGAUGGAAUCUAAUUUACGAUCAGAGAAUGAUACCUGCAGUGACAUUGAAGGCAUAAUUCAGCUAGAUGGUACUGGUGAUGUUUCUCCCAAGGAAGAAAUACCACAUGCAUAUGAUAGGGAAGAGAAUGAAUUCAUUGGCAUUAUUGAAUCGGAGGACCUAAGAGUUCUGGAGGAUGAUGAAGAUGAUGAAGAAUGUGACAGUAUUUCAAACACGGGGUCUAGCAGCAGUGGUGGUGAUAAUGAAGAGGCACAAAUAGAUGUGGUUGAGGAGGACCCCUUAAAUUCUGGUGAUGAUGUCAGUGAACAGGACACUCCAGACUUGUUCGACACUGACAACGUGAUAGUUUGUCAGUAUGACAAGAUACAUCGAAGUAAGAACAAAUGGAAGUUCUACUUAAAAGACGGCGUGAUGUCCUUUGAGGGUAAAGACCAUGUUUUUGCAAAAGCCAUUGGAGAUGCAGAGUGGUGA